AUGCCCAGCGCCGCCCAUCUUCACCAGGUCGGAACAGAGAGGAAAGGCUCCACGAGUACGACCAGCACCGCCUAUGGGGCGACGGCGGCGGAUUCAAAGCCGGGGCGGGGUUCGUUCUGGAGCAAGGGCGACAUCGACUUCGAUGAGGAUGCCAUCGCCACGCAGGAGUCCGUCUUUGACGAGCCCACGCUGGCGGAGCGGUAUAAGCCCAGUCCGGAAUGGGAAAACAUCCACCGCUUCGAUCCUUCUGCCCGGUGGACCUGGAAAGAGGAGACGGCGGUGAUUAGGAAAAUUGACCGGCGCAUCAUGGCGUUUGCCUGCAUCGCCUUUAUGGCUCUCCAGCUUGACCGCGCCAACCUGUCGCAGGCGCUUUCAGAUAACUUUCUUGACGAUCUUGGCCUCACGACUGAUGGGAAAAAGUCUUUUCUUGUCACCCGCGUGCUCCUGGCCUUCUUUGAGGGUGGCUUCAUCCCCGAGAUUAUUCUGUACUUGAGCUACUUUUAUAAAGCACAAGAGCUCUCUAUCCGCGUGGCCGUAUUCUAUGCCACCAUGUCUCUUGCCAAUGUGUUUGCCGGAUUCAUCAGUGUCCCACUCCUUCAGCUUCGCGGGGAAGAGGUCAUCAUGGUGAACCGCGUACUUCGAGACGACCCGAGUAAAGGGGAUAUGCACAACAGGCAACCUAUCACAUGGAAGCUGUUCCGCCAGAGUCUUUUGGAUUACGACCUCUGGCCGCUGUACAUUGUGGGCAUCUUGUGGUCGCUGCCCGUCAUCCCGGCCCAACAGUACUUCACGUUGCUGCUCCGAGACCAAGGCUUCAGCACUAGUGUCACGAACCUACUCACGAUACCGGCCAUGCUACUGUCCAUGUUCAGCGUCAUGCUCAUCACCCACAUCUCGGAACUAUACAACGAAAGGGCGCUCGUGAGCAUCAUCUCUCAGAUAUGGACCCUCGUGUUCCUCGUCCGCCUCUACACUACCGACACCACGGAGGCCAAUCCUUGGCUAGUGUGGCUGAUCUUGACUCUUAUUGUCGCUCAACCUUCGCGUAGGUCCACAUUCCACGCCCAUGCUAUACAAGUGAGCUGGAACUCACGAAACUCAAACUCGGUGAGGCUGCGGACUAUCUCGGCCGCGAUUUAUAACAUGUGUGUGCAGACGGCUGGGAUGAUCGGCUCCAACAUUUACCAGUCGGAUGACCGGCCGCAGUAUCGCCGGGCCAAUAGACUGUUAAUCGGCAUCACCUGCUUCAACGUCCUAUUCUAUCUGUUGGUAAAGGCUUAUUAUAUCUGGAGGAACAAGAGUAAAAAGCGGCAGUGGGAUGCCAUGUCAGAGCGAGAAAAGCGACGAUAUUUGGACGAAUCCCGAGAUGCCGGUAACAAGAGGUUAGAAUUCAUUUUCGCACACUGA